ACAUCGCUAUCCAAGAUGGCUGCUACCAUGGUGGAACAUGUUGUCGUAGAUGCGGGAGGAUUUUUGAAGAAAGCACCUCUUCAGGAAAUCGGGAAGAAUAUCUAUACCCUGAAGGAUGUAGUAGAGGAAAUUAGAGACAAGCCAACGCGGAGGAGUCUGUCAGUCCUACCAUAUAAACUCAACUUCAAAGAGCCGUACCCAGAGGACAUCCGAUUAGUGACUGAGUUCUCCAAGAAGACUGGAGACUACCCCAGCCUAUCUGCCACAGACAUCAAGGUGUUGGCUCUGGCAUACCAGUUGGAGAGGGAACACGUUGGGACGGACCACCUGAGGAAAGAACCGGAGGUCAAGGUCCAGGUAUCCAGUACAAGGAGACAUCCAGAGGCUCCCGUCGGCGUGGCAGGAUUCCACUUCCCCUCAAAGAGGCCAGCAGCACAGACGCCAGCAGCACAGACGCAGCACAGCUAUAACCCUCCAGAGAUCGCAGAGUACAACAGCUUCCAGUUCUGGAGGAACCCUCUGCCCUGCUUCGACACUGACCUGCUGGAUCUAGUGGACAUUCAGGACCUGUCAAUAUCAGACGGAGCAGCGGACACCGUCCACACAGAACCUGGGACCGGGACCGGGUCAGAGGAGCACGGCAGUGGGUCAGAGGAGGAGGAGGAGGAAGAGGAGGAGGAGGAUGGCGGCGGUUGGAUCACCCCUAGCAACAUUAAACAGGUUCAGAUGGAGACGGGGAUCUGGGCGUCGCCUGUGGACGUUAAAGUGGCGUGUCUCACCACCGACUUCGCUAUGCAGAACGUCCUGAUUCAGAUCGGGCUCCAUGUCCUCUCUGUGAACGGGAUGCUCAUCAAGCAGGCCAGGAAUUACAUCCUGCGAUGUCACGCCUGUUUCAAGACCACCACCAACAUGAAUAAGGUUUUCUGUCCACACUGUGGCAACAGAACGUUGAAGAAGGUGGCCGUGACGGUCAGCGAGGACGGAAGCAUCCAGAUGCAUCUCUCAAAGAACCCCAAAGUGCUCAACCCCAAAGGGAAGAGGUACUCCCUGCCCCUGCCACAAGGGGGCAAACACGGCAGCAACCCCCACCUGGUGGAGGACCAGCGUUUCCCCCAGCAGCGUGUGUCCCGUAAAGCCCGCCAGAAGACGGACGUCUUAAACCCAGACUACCUGGCCGGGGGCGGCUCACCUUUCUCUGAUCACGACAUCUACAGCCGCUCUGCCAACCUGCACAUCACAGACGGAGCGGGCGGAGGGGGGCGGAGGAGGGCCAACCCCAACGCUGCCCGCAAGAAGAAAUGUUGAAGAAGCCAUCUUGAAGAAUCGGAAACCAUCUUGAAGAAUCGGAAACCAUCUUGAAGAAUCGGAAACCAUCUUGAAGAAUCGGAAGCCAUCUUGAAGAAUCGGAAACCAUCUUGAAGAGGCGGAAGCCAUCUUGAAGAAUCGGAAACCAUCUUCUACACAAGUUCCACUAAACAGAAUUCCCAGCAACUGAACAGUGAAGAUAGCUGGAUUUAAUACUGAUGUUUUUGUAUAAAAUUACAAUUUUUUAAAAAGGUUCAACUUAAUGAAUUCCAUGUUCGAAUAAUGUUAUACGGUAACUACCAAGUUUGUAAAAGCCUGAAGGUAUUUGCACUUUCUAGGCUUGUGUAUGAAACCUGCUCUGACAUUUUUUGAUGCCCCUAAUUAAAACACAGUUUGAAGACA